UGUGCGUGAGCUUGCUUCUCACGAACAUUCACACCAGCCAGUUACACAAAAUCCAAAACUGUUGUGAAAAAUAUAAUUUAGUCGAACUGCUUGCUGUAGCUACACUGUGCUUUCAGUUCAGAUAUGAAAUAAGAAACCACCACCGCUUUUAUGCACAAAAGAAAAGGGAUCAGAAAUUGAACUUGAUAAUUUACAAUAAGGUCUUGAAUUUCAGAGAGAAUAGGACAAAAUGCCAUCACAAAUUCAAUAUUACAAUUCUUCUCCAUCGGUGAGUGGGAUUCUUAAUCCACAGACCUCUCAGAAUGCCGUCGGACCCAUAAGGGCCAGGGACCCUUUCCCUACAAAUACAGUGCCACGCAUUCGCCCUGCAACUGGUUUCCAGUUUCGAGAUGUUUCCCCUACACGAGGCAAGCCUGUUUGGAAUGAUGCUCGAACCAAAACAGAUACUUGCACCGGUUCCCUCCGGAGAUUCAGAGUGAGUCUGAAUCACAGGCCUGUGGAAUCCACGCUGAGCAGAAGGGCCCCUUUUGCAUCUCGGACAGUGAGUGCCAGUGUAAGCGGGAACAGGUUUAAAAAUGAACAUAUGGAUACAUUCCCACAGUACAGCCCUCUUAAUGACCCACAUCUGUUUGAUUACUACGCUCGGAGAUUUGGGUUACAAGUCACCCCCCGACCUCCUUUAUCUGCCAAGCGCCCAAAAAGUGCACCACUUGACAGAUUUCAGGGCUCGCAAGCAAGCAUCACCAGGUCAGGGUCUGUGACAGGGGGCAAAGUUCUGUAUAAAGUCACAGUGAAGACUGGAGAUAAGAAAAACGCAGGCACUGAUGCAAAGGUAUACCUCAGAAUGAAAGGUUUGAAAGGCAAAUUCAACAAAAAGCGACUUUUUAAAAGUUCAGGCUCAGACAAAUAUGCUGAGACCAGCACUUUCCAGUUCAGCAGAGGGUCCUGCCAUACUUUUAAAGUGUACGGACCUGAAAUCGGAGACAUCAAGAACAUCAUUCUAGAGCAUGAUGGCCUCGAGAAACAGCAGGCAUGGUAUGUUGAAGAGUUGUCUGUCAUCAACACAGUCAGAGAUAAGAGCUGGUGCUUCCCAUGCAAAAGCUGGUUGUCUCUGUUCCACACUGACUGCCAGCUGAGUCGCACAUUCACCCCAGCAGGAAAGACUGACCUUGCUCUGGCAGGCAAAACCCAUCCUAAAAGCACAGUUUACGAGGUGGUCACGAUCACAGGAGAUGUCCGAGGAGCAGGAACCGAUGCCAACAUUUUUGUCACUCUCUUUGGAGAAUAUGGGAUCACACCCAAAGUGCACCUUGCCAGCAAGAGCAGAACAGCUUUUGAAAAGAACAAAACAGAUGUGUUCAGGAUCAAAACCAAUAAUGUUGGGCAAAUACAAAAAAUAAGGAUCGAGCAUGACAACACUGGGAUGAAUGCGAGCUGGUUCCUUGACAGGGCGGUGGUCACGGACAUGAACAGACCCCACCUCCGUUAUUACUUCCCUUGUAACAACUGGCUCAGCAGAGAGGAGGGGGAUGGACUCUACGUGAGAGAUCUGUUGGGCAGCCUCAACCCUAUGGAUGUACCAAAACUCAACAAGUAUAUUGUUAGUGUAUUCACUCCAGACAUUAAGGGCAGCGGUACCGAUGCAGAUGUUUUCCUAAAUAUAUUUGGAGAAAAUGGAGAUACAGGUGAAAGAAGGCUCGACAAUGACAAAAACAACUUCGAACGGGGAUCUGAGGACAAGUUUACCAUUGAGGCUCCCAAUUUGGGACGGUUGAGGAAGAUCACCAUUGGCCACAACAACAAGGGCUCCUCCGCUGGCUGGUUUCUCGACAAGGUGAUAGUUGAUGAUAUGGGCAACAAAGCUGUGUAUGAGUUCCCUGUGAACCGCUGGUUUGCAAUGGAUGAAGAUGACGGCAAAAUCCAGCGGGACAUCCUGGUAGGAGGCAGCCAGGCCACAGGUAUUGUUUACAACAUUUCUGUGGUGACUGGCAAAGUCAGAGGUGCUGGCACCAACUCCAAGGUUCAUAUUCUCAUGCAUGGCUCCAAGGGCAUCAAGAACAGUGGGAAGAUCUUCCUGGAGGGGGGUCAGUUUGAGCGGGGGCUGACAGACAUCUUCAAUGUGGAGAUUGCUGCGCUGCUCAGCCCUCUUAGCAGAGUCACCAUCGGGCAUGACAACAACGGGGUCAGCUCGGGAUGGUUCUGUGAAAAGGUGAUAGUGUACUGUCCAUUCACUGGUAUUGAGCAGACGUUCCCAUGUGAUAAAUGGCUGGAUGAAGACGAGGGAGAUGGGCUGAUCGAAAGGGAGCUCUAUGAAAUGGUGUCCCUCCGGCAAAAGAAACAGAAAAAACUACCAUGGUCACUAUGGAUCUGGACCAGUGACAUCAAGAAUGCUGGGAGCGAUGCCAAUGUCUUCCUUCAGGUCUAUGGAGAGAAGGGGAAAUCGGAUGAAAUGAGACUGGACAACAACUCAGAUAACUUUGAAACUGGUCAAACAGACAAGUUCAUGAUUGAACUUCCUGAUUUGGGAGAUCUUUUCAAGCUUAGAAUUUGGCAUGAAAAAAGAAAUCCAUUUGCAGGCUGGCAUUUAAAUAAGGUCACCUUAUUGAAGACACUGUCAAAAGAGAAGUACACAUUUAACUGUGGCCGAUGGCUGGAUAUGAAUGAAGAUGACAAUGAGAUUAUCAGGGAGCUGCCAGCAGAAGGACUACUGGUUAAAAAACCUCUGCCAAUUGUGAAGUACAGAAUCACCAUCUACACAGGAACCAAGAGUGGGAGUGGCACAGAUGCCUCUGUCUUUAUUUGUCUCCAUGGUGACAUGGGAGACACGGGAGAGCGGGUCUUGUACGCCAGCAAGAACAAUGUCAAUAAAUUUGAAAGCGGAAAUGCAGACGAGUUCCUUAUCGAGGCGGUGUCUUUGAAGCAGGUGAGGCGAGUGAGGAUCGGGCACAACGGCAGAGGUGGUGGCUGCGGCUGGUUCCUGGAUAAAGUGGUAGUAAGGGAGGAAGGACAGCCAGAAACACAGGCUGUCGAAUUCCCUUGUAACAGGUGGCUUGACAGGAAUGAAGAUGAUGGUCAGAUCGUUCGAGAGCUAGUGCCAGCUGGAGAAGCACCGAUGCUUAGAAACAUCAGUUACCACAUUGCGGUGAAGACAGGCAAUAUUCCAGGUGCCAGCUCAGACUCCAAGGUGUUUGUCAAGCUCUACGGAGAGAAGGGAGACACUAACAAACAGCUCCUGGUGGUCUCUGACAAUGACCUGCGCAAUUACUUUGAAACAGGACAUACUGAUAUUUUCACAAUUGACACUAUAGAUAUUGGAAAGGUCAACCGGCUCCUGAUUGGACACAACAACGAAGGCUUGCGUGCUGGUUGGUUCCUUGACAGUGUUCAGAUUAAGGUGCCUGUCCAUGGGAAGCAGUACAUGUUCCCCAGUCAUCGAUGGCUCUGCAAAGACGAGGCUGAUGGGAAGGUGGAGGUGGAGAUCUACCCCAGCGAAAUACUGGACAUUGAAAAAUUGGAUAACUAUGAAAUUACAGUGCACACUGGCAACGUUCGGGCUGCGGGCACUAACGCCAGCGUCUUCAUCCAGAUUUAUGGGGAGAAAGGAAAGACAGAGUUAAUCAGCCUUCAGAACAGAUCGAACAACUUUGAACGAGGAUCAACAGAAGUGUUUAAGGUGGAAGCCGCAGGCGUUGGCAAGCUCUUCAAGAUUCGGAUCGGCCACAAUGGGAAGGGUGCUAUGGACGGCUGGUACCUGGAGUCAGUUAUCAUCAAGCACCUCACCACCUCGAUAGUGCCACAGGAGGAUAAGAAGAAGAAGAAAAAGAAGAAGAAGGCAGCAGAGGAGGAAGGGGAGGGGGGCCAGCCCGAGGAGGUGGUGGAGACCUACACCUUCCUGUGCCAGCGCUGGCUUGCCAGGGAUGAGGGCGAUGGGGAGCUGGUGGUGGAGCUGUUACCAGAGGACAGUGAAGACCUGGAAGAGAACACCUACGAAGUCCAUGUGUUCACAGGGAGUGUGUUGGGCGCUGGAACAGAUGCCAAUGUGUAUAUUAAUGUGUAUGGAGAAAUGGGAGACACAGGAGAGCGGCACCUGAAGAAGUCGAAUAACCUCAAUAAGUUUGAGAAAGGACAGGAAGAUAUAUUUACAAUCCCAGCUACUGAUCUGGGGCUGCUGAAGAAGCUGCGAAUUCGCCAUGACAACUCGCAAGCACAAGCUGCCUGGUUCCUAGACAGAGUGGAAAUUAUAGAUGGCAAGGAUGACACUACGUACUAUUUUCCAUGUGAGCGGUGGUUAGCUACUGAUGAAGAUGAUGGUCAGAUAGCCCGGGAGCUGGUUCCUGUAGAUGAGGCAUUUAUGAAGAAGAACUCAGACAGUGACGAGCAGUCUCAGGCUACCCUCGGACUGGAGCAGAAAGCUCAAUCUACAACCUACACUGUGACAGUCAAAACUGGAGACAAGAAGUAUGCUGGAACAGAUGCUAAUGUGUUCAUUACCCUGUAUGGCGAUAAGGAUGACACAGGAAUUGUUAACCUCAAAGCUUCUAAGACUUACAAGAACAAGUUUGAGCGAGGGCAGAUCGAUGUGUUCACUGUGGAGGCUGUGGAUAUUGGGAUGCUGAAAAAGAUACGAAUCGGGCACGAUUGUCUUGGCAACUCGUCGGGCUGGUUUCUGGACUGGGUGGAGAUUGACGCUCCUUCACUGGGUCAAAAGCUGCGCUUCCCCUGCGGGCGCUGGCUGGACAAAGCAGAGGAUGAUGGAGCAACUGAGAGGGAUCUCUUUCCUGCAAACCUGCAGACUCAGGAGUACAAUCCAUUUGUGCCUUACGAGAUCACCACAUACACUAGUGAUAUUUAUGGUGCCGGGACAGAUGCUGAUGUUUUCAUUGUCCUCUACGGGAGAGACAGCAUCUGCACUCAGCAGAAAUCACUGUGUGUCAACAAGAGAGAAAGGCGCAUGUACUUUGAGCGAGGCGCAGCUGAUAAGUUUAUUGUAGAGCUGGAGGAUGUUGGUGACGUUAUUGAAAAGAUCCGAAUCGGACACGACGGGAAAGGAAUCAACUCUGGCUGGCACUUAGACAGAGUGGAAGUCAGGAGACUUCUGCCUAAGGGAAAAGGAUCAGAGACAGCAAUCUUCCCAUGUGAACGCUGGCUGGCUAAAUCCGAAGAUGACGGGGAGAUUGUGCGGGAGUUGGUGCCAUCAGAAAUCAUCCAGGAGAAGCUGCUGCGGGAUGGGACGCUGAAGCGCACAGAGAGCAUUGUGGAGGAUGCCCUGGAAACCCACACGUACACGGUGUCUGUGUACACUGGGGAUGUGUACAGUGCCGGCACUGAUGCCAAUGUUUUCCUCACCAUCUAUGGAGAUCUGGGAGACACUGGAGAGAGGAAACUCAGCAAGUCUGAAACCAACUCCAACAAGUUCGAAAGAGGACAGGUUGAUAAGUUUACAAUUGAAGCAGUGGAUCUGGGGCAGAUUUACAAGUUAAAUAUCCGCCAUGACAACACCAUGAUGAGUGCCGACUGGUACUUGGAUCAGGUGGAGAUUAUGGAUAUGGACACAGAGGAGACAUACUUAUUCCAGUGUGAGCGCUGGCUCUCCAAGAAGAAGGAAGACAAGAAGAUUGAGAGGGUUCUUUAUGUUAAGGGCUAUGAUGGAGAACGGAUUAGCCUCAACAGCUCAAAAAAGAGUUUGAAAGACUCCUCUCUGAGCCUCAAGACUCUGGACAGCAACAUGAACAAGAAGAACAAGAGGAAGAGCAUCCUGGAUGAAGUCAUAGAGGAGGGGGCCACGAUUUCUUAUCACAUCACCAUAUCGACGGGUUCAGAGCGGGAUUCUGGCACAACCAGUCGCGCGUACAUCCUCAUCAUGGGAUCCCACCAGGUUCAAACAGCCCGACUCUGGCUGGAUCUCCCAGAGGACAAAACGGGCUUUGCCCCAGGAUCCAUGGAGAAAUUCCAGGUGGAGGGAGCAGAUGUGGGAGAGAUCAAGAAAAUUGAGCUAGGUCAUGACGGGGCCACUCCAGAGAGCUGCUGGCUAGUGGACGAGUUAGCCGUUGCCGUGCCGACCAAAGGUGUCAUGUACAUUUUCCACUGCAAAUGCUGGCUUGCCAAAGACAGAGGGGAUGGUCUCACAGCUCGCAUUUUCAGUAUACUUGAUGCUGACAAUAUCAACAUUGGACAAAAGGUCCUUUAUGAGGUAACGGUUGUCACUGGAGACACUCAGAAUGCUGGGACUGAUGCCAACAUUUACAUGUCAGUAUUUGGAGCCAAUGGGACUACAGAGGAAAUCUUGCUCUGCAAAAAUGGAAACAGGUUUGAAAGAGGUCAAGAAGACACCUUUGCUAUGGAGAUUGAUGAUGUUGCUCCUCUGAGGAAGAUACGAAUACGCACAGAUGGAAAAGGAAGCCGUCCUGACUGGCUCUUGAAUAAGAUCGUUAUGCAGAAUAUGAGCACCCAGGAGGUUUCUGUUUUCACCUACAAUGAGUGGCUCUCAAAGACACGAGGACCCAAGAGAACCACGAUGUGCGAGUUGGCAGCAGUGAUUGAUGAUGAGGAAAUGGUGGAGAAAACCACCUACACCAUCAUGGUAAAAACCAGCGACAUAUCAGGGGCUGGCACCGAUGCCAACGUCUGUAUCAUUGUGUUUGGAGAGAAUGGGGACACGGGCACAAUCCCACUGAAAGAAUGCAACAACACCAACAAGUUUGAGCGGAAACAAAUGGACGUCUUUAAGUUCCCAGAAAUGCUGAGUCUGGGAGAGCUCUCCAAGGUCAGAGUAUGGCAUGACAAUAAAGGUGUUUCAGCAGGCUGGCACUUGGAGUUCAUCGAAGUGAAGGAUGAAACGAUGAAUAAAACAUUCCGGUUCCACUGCGAUCGUUGGCUAGCGAAGAAUGAAGACGACGGGCAGAUCAUACGGGAACUGCCCUGUGCAAAUAACGAUGUUCUGGACUUCACAGACAGAACUAAGUAUGAAAUUCUUACAGUAACAAGUGACAGGGAUGAUGCAGACACAAAGGAAAAUGUUUGGAUUGUGUUGGAAGGGAAUAAGGGCAGAUCCAAAGAGUUCCUGCUGGAGAAUUCAACCAAGAAAAAGAAGUUCUUAAGGGGGGCUACUGACAAAUUUGAUUUUUCCUCGAAAAAUGUUGGUGAUAUUGCCAACAUCUGUCUUGGCCACUGUCCAAAAGAAGGAAAGAAAUUUACAUCGAAAACUGAUGCAUACUGGCAUGUGGAAGAAAUCAUUGUCACAGAACGGGAGCUUGGAAACAAAUACAUUUUCCGGUGCAAAGCAAAAAUACCAUUGUCGCCCAAGAGGGAUGACUUCAUGAGUUUUGAGUGUGCCAAGGCAGUGGAGAGCUUUGCCAGCAAGGCCCGGAGCCUUGUUCCCGUCAAGUACGAGAUCAUCAUCAUUACAGGGGAUGAAAAGGGGGCCGGAACUGACGCCAAUGUCUUCAUCACUAUUUACGGCUCCAGUGGUGACUCAGGCAAGCGGGCGCUGCAGCAGAAGUUCCGGAACCUGUUUGAACGCGGACGCACUGACCGCUUCAUAGUGGAGAUGCUGGACUUGGGGGAAAUCCACAAAGUCAAAGUUGAGCAUGACAACAGUAGCAUGAGUCCGGGAUGGUUAUUGGACAGGGUGGAGAUCACCAAUACUGCCACGGGCGUCACCACCCUUUUUCUUUGUGGCAAAUGGUUGGACAAGAAGAGAGGUGACGGACAGACCUGGAGAGUGCUGUACCCGAAAUAGUAAAGAAUUUAAUUUAGUGUUUUUUACAGUAGUUACAGCCGCUUAGCCCAUCUGAGCCAGGUUUUAUAGGCAGUAGACAAGAGCCUCUCCAUAUGAUUUGGCAAAUUCCAUUCACUUACAUUUUUUUACAUUUAGUUCAAAACCGGACCUCAUGAGAACAGAAAGACACUGGGAAGGCUGAGCAUGUCACAUUAUAUAUUUUUUAUCCCAGCGCACUCUUUAAAAAUGUUUUAUCUAGUACAAAAAUGCAUGUAAGAUGUUUCUAAAAUGCAAAACACACUGAAACAAAUGUAAUUGGAAUAGAAACUUUUGUGAUAAACUUAGACAUACAAAAAACAGCUUCAAUUGACAGCCUAAAGCACGGUUCAAUAAACUAAAAUUUUGAAAUAGCAACUUUUUCAGUAAGUCAAGUAACGAAUCAAGAGACACAGUUGUGUUUUCUCAAAUAAUGAGUGGACAACUUACAUGAAAGGGCUCAUUUUUAAAAACUUGCUUACCUUUUUUAUUUUCUCAAAAUUCAUGGGGAAAACUAUAUUUAUAACAUGCUUUUAAUACAAACAAGAUUUAUGGUAAAAGGCACUUUUUUCUAACAAAAAGGUUUAUCUAGCCUUCUAUUUGGAUUAGUUUCUAUUUUUAUAAAGACAUUUUCACAUUUGGUUCCAAAUACCAGGUGCCUUAUUUUGAUUAAGUCCAGUUUUAUAUAUUAACAAUAUAUUACGCUUCAUUAAUGUUAAUGCAUUGAGCCAAUUAUUUUGAUAGAAUUUCAAGAAAAACCAUUAGAAAAGUUUUGAAAAUAAACUCCCAAUAAAUUCCUAUACCUUAAAAUCGAAUUUGCAAACUAAUAUAAAUUAUGCCUUAACAGGGCAGCAGUGUGGAGUAGUGGUUAGGGCUCUGGACUCUUGACCAGAGGGUUGUGGGUUCAAUUCCAGGGGGGGUCACUGCUGCUGUACCCUUGAGCAAGGUACUUUACCUAGAUUGCUCCAGUAAAAACCCCACUGUAUAAAUGGGUAAUUGUAUGUAAAAAAUAAUGUGAUAUCUUGUAACAAUUGUAAGUCACCCUGACUAAGGGCAUCUGCUAAGAAAUAAAUAAUAAUAUGUACAUAUGCAAUCUUUUUUUUUUUUUUUUAACACUGCACUUUAGUUACAGGACCUAAAACAUGAAAUCCCCAAGAAGCUCACCUUUUAUAUAUCAAGGACGACAUUUUUUUAAUGAAUGUAUAUUUAAAAAAACUCUGAAUUAUGUUGUAAUGUAAUAUUGCAUGUAUAUUUUAGGUUUUGUAAGUUUAAAUGUAUUUUAAAAACAAUGUGAUUGUUCCAGACUUGUUUGCUUGAGUCUAGUUAACACGGGGUGCAGCUAUUCUAUUAGGAGAAAUGAGUCCAUGCACAAGUAUACCUUGUCUUUCAAAUACUGAGUCAUAUAACAUGGAGCACAAAACAGCAAGAGUUAAGAUGGCUCUGCUCAGGAUUCUGCCAGAUACACUUUUACACCAACUGAUCCAGCUAUUGGACAAGUUUGUAUUUCCUUUGAUAUGUCUGUUGAUUUCUGUGUAACCAUAUUUCUCCUCACUAAUUUCCGCACACAUGGUGACUUGGCCACAAUUUGCAUAGAGUAUCCUUUUAGAUAACACAGAAAUUGCAUUACUGAUGCACCCCCUACCUUUAUAGACAGUGCCACAGGAAUAUGGAUACAAUCGGUUAAGCUGGUCUAGUCAACAAAAAUACUAUGCAAUGUAUGACCUUAUUGUUCAAUAAAAUGGUUUGCU